UUGGACACACCCCAGGGAAGGUAUGUGCUUAGGGUGGGGCUGGGAGUCACGGCCUUGGACUCUGCAUGUGGGUCAGUGUGCCUGGGGCUGAUGUGGGAGCGUCUCCGCUUCUGUGCGGGCAUACCCAUGCCUGUGGGUGUGUGCCCACCGGUGCGUGUGGGCUCGCUUGUUUGUGGCCCGUGGACUGAGCAGAUGUCUGUGCAGCAGUGGGAAUACACUGCUGGGAGCUCACCCUACAGGCUGGAGAACGGCGCCAGCGUGAGGCUCCCAGCCAGCUCGGUCAAGUUAGGCGAGAAGCUGGAGAGAUACCACACCGCCAUCCAGGUGGGCAGGGCUCUCGCAGGGGGCGGUGGUACCCGCCAGAGGUCUGAGUCCAUCAAGUCUCCAGGCCCCUCUCGCACUGAGUUCCUUGUGGCUCCCGUGGGGGUAGCCAGCAAGCGCCACCUUUUCGAGAAGGAGCUGGCGGGCCAGAGCCGAGCAGAACCAGCCUCCAGCCGGAAGGAGAACUUGAGACUCUCAGGGGUUGUGACGUCAAGACUCAACCUGUGGAUCAGCAGGACCCAGGAGUCCGGGGAUCAGGACCCUCAGGAGGUGGCGAGAGAGACUGCAGCUGCCAAGAGGACCCAGCGGGGAAAGAAGGCAGACUCGUCCCUGGACGCUGAGGCUGGUGCGCCCCAACCCCAAGAACCCUGGUCGAGGCCCCAGCUGGCUGUGCCCCCUCCAGCUGUCAAUCCCCCGCUCUUCACCCCGCAGACCAUGGGGCGUGGGUGUGACAAGCGCUGCCCGGACACACCUGCAAGCUUUGCCCUCCCACAGUUGCGUCCCCACUUGCUCUGCUCCUUUUCUGCCUCUGGACCUGGGGCCAGGAGUGUCGGGGACCCUCAGCCAGCCUCUCCCCAGCCCAGCCUCGGAGGCAGUGUGUUCUGCACAGACAGUGCCCACAGCUGCCCGCAGAGGGCGCCACCUAGAGGCCACGCGUGUCCCGCAGCCCCGCAGGCGGCUGGCCAGGCACUGAUGGCCUCUCUGUCCCCCAGCCUGGCUAAGCAGUGGACCCUGGAAGACGAGGAGGAGCAGGAGCGCGAGCGCCGGCGGAGACAGCGGAACCUCAGCUCCGGCGCGGACGACGAGGCUCCCAGACUCGCCCAGAACGGAGGCCGGCCGGCUGCAGAGAGGCUGCCGAACGUAGAAGAAGCCGACGUGCCCAAGCCACGACCCCCAGCCCCCAAAGAUGAUGGCGAGGACGUCCAGGCCAUUCUCAGGACGCGGCAGGAGCGCAGGCAGAGGCGGCAGGCGGUGGAGGUUGCCCAGGCCCCCAUCCGGGAGCGGCUGGGGGCAGAGGAAGGGAGGGACCGUUCGGACCCCAUGCAGGCCAAGCAGCAGCCCGUCGCGCCCAAGAAGGAGGUGGACGUGCCGCCUCGCCGCAGACUGAGCCGGGAGCAGCGGGGUCCCUGGGCCAAGGAGGAGGAGAGUUUGGCGGGCAGAGAGCCAGCAGGCGGGCAGAAGGGGGUCUCGGAGAAGUCCCCCAUGCCAGAGAAGCCGCCGGCCCCGGAAAAGAGGCUGAGCGCAGAGGAAACCUCUGUCUCCAAGAGGAAGUCGCUGCCGGAGAAGACGGCAGCCUCAGAGAAGAAGCCAGUUCUAGAAAAAAUUAGCAUCUCGGAGAAGCCGCCAGCCCCACGGACGACGUCAGGGUCACAGAAGAGACUGGUGUCUGAGAAAGCGUCCAUCUUUGAGAAGUCACCGGUGUCAGAGACAAAGCUGGCCCCAAAGAGGGCGGCACCCUCAGAGCAGCCCCAGGCGCCACCAGCGGCCGGGGAGAGCCAGUCCGCCACCAAGGAGCCGGAGCCAAGAGCAAGGGCCCCUUCUGAGAAGAGCCCCCUGCCCUCGGCAGAGCCGGGGGCGCCCGCCCCUCCCACCGUGGCGUCCCGCCUCCCGCCCAUCACACUCCAGGUGAAAAUUCCCAUCAAGGAGGAAGAGGAGGACGUGUUCUCGCCCACGCCGGUCACCUACAGCAGCUCCCUGCAGCGGUCCAGCCCCAGGACCAUCUCCUUUCGGAUGACCCCCAGGAAAUACAACUCGGAAGCACCCCUAACCCGCAGGUCAGGGGCUGGAGUGUCUGGCUGUCCCAUCUGGCCACGUUCAGCCUGUUUGCUGAGUGUUGUAGGGCCCAGAGCGAAGGCACAGUCCUUGUCCAGGGUUCCACACCUGGCAGGAAGUCUGCAUCCUCCUGGGGGGCGGAGGCCCCAUGAGAUGCCACAGGGGGGCUUCUGGGAGGGCUUGGGCGGGGCUGCGAAGGAAGCGGGGGUUUUGCCUUGAGGUGAGGGGGUGAGGAGGGGCCCUGAGAACCUGCAUGUUUAAUGAGCACCCCAGACCCCGAGUGUUGAUGGGAGUAGCGUGAGGGCUGUGUCUUGAAAAAACCCAGCUGUCGGAUCUGAAAAGCGGCAGGAACUUGAAGCCCUCGGGCACAUCCGUCUGCCCCUAAGCCUUUGCUGAGGGCUGGUGGGGUGUGAACAUGAGUAAAAUGCAGGGCUGCCCUCAAGCCACUCACAUCAGGCUCACAUCGGCCCAUUCGACCUGCCGGGGCUGCCGGGGGGCAGGUGCAGCAGUGGGAAUACACUGCUGGGAGCUCACCCUACAGGCUGGAGAACGGGUGACAGCAAGUGACAUCUGAAUGGGACUCAAAGAACUGGAGGGGGAUUUUCCUGAUGGGAAAGUAGAGGGAGCAGCCCAUGGAAAGGCAAAGUGUGAGGAGCCGGAGGUCUCCGGUUGGGGGCACAUAAGCAGUUGGGGGGAUGCUGUGUCUGGUCGGGAGGCGGGGACCAGCUCAUAGGAGCCUUGUCUGCCGGGCCCUGGAGUUUGGCGCCUGUCCUGGGCCGUCCUGGGUCCUGAGGGGUUCAAGCUCGAAGGACAGGAUGGGAUUCGCGUGGGCAGGAGUGGUCUGGUGGCAGUGGGCAGAGGUGACGGCAGU